UCUCUGAUGAGGUGAACAUGAGUCAGCUGUGUGAGUCUCUGUCAGCGGUGAACAGCUGAGUUCAAUGAACUGUCAAUCAGAGCUCUGAUUCUGAGCCACAUGAAGAAGGUUUGAAGUGGACUCUGCUGAUUCAGCUUCACGUCUGGAUUCUUCUUCUGCAGAUAUUUACAAGUCUGGGCUUCGGUGCGGCUGCAGGACAGAAAAGCUGCCUACAGUGUCGACUUGGAAACGGAAUAGAAGAAGAAGUUCAUCUGUUUUUGCUUCUACCAGGAGACGACAAGAAGAAGAGCUAGAAUAAGUAGUAGCAGAAGAAAAAGAAGAAGAAAAGAGGCCAACAUGUCCAACGCUCUGCUGAGGAGAAACUCCAGCAAACAGGGUUUACAAAACCUGAUGAGGCUGACGGCUCAGAGGAGCGUUGAGGAUGCUGAGGAGGUGGAGAGGGAGCAGCGCCGAAGAGCUCGGGAAGCGUCGCGCUGGUCCAACGGUGGAUCGCAACCCGGAGAGUCGUCACCGGAGGACAGGACGCCAGCAGAGGACGGCAUGUACAACGGCAACCUGAAGCCGAGCAGCUCUCUGGCUCUGGAGGAGGACGAGGGCUUCAGCGACUGGACUCAGCGUCGAGAGAGACAGAGGCAGCAGCGCCUGCAGGAGCUCAGCCAGGGAGGCGAGGAGGACGAGGACGAAGAGGACAGGAUAAACAAAGCUGUUCCCGUCAAGACCUCGAUCAUGUCCUCCAGCCGACUCCAGAGACAGGAGCACCUCAAAGAAGACGGGGUGGAGAUGGAGAGGAAGGAGCGCGAUGAAAAGAAGAUUCAAACUGAGAGGGUGAGGGAGGAAGAGAAGAGGAAGAGAGAGGAGGCGACGAACGGGAGGAAGGAGGAGAUUCAAAGGCCGAAUACAGAGGUGGAGAAAAGAAAAGAGGUUCAAAUCUCCUACACGUCCAAGGUUUUCCUUCACCAAGAGCCAAAACCCACGAACACCAACGGAGACGCAACCAAAGAGGAAGUGACGUCGUACAAGAACAACAAGACGAGAAGGUCCACCAGCAGAGCCGUGGAGCCGGGGGAGGCGGAGACCAUCCUGGGGACGGAGCAGCGGCUGGAGAAGAUCCGGCAGAGCCUCCAGCAGAAGGGGAGCCAGGAGCCGGAGCAGCUCAGACACCGACAGGUGGAGGCCGAGCAGGAGCUGGAGGAGCUGAAGAGGAGGCGGGAGGACAGGCGUCGAGCCCGGGUGGAAGAGGAGCGCCGGAGGGAGGAGGAGGAGGAGGAGGAGGAGGAGGAGGAGGAGCAACGGCUGGCCAAAGAGGAGGAGGAGAGGAGGCGCAUGAAGGAGGUCAUGGAGAGGAGGAGGAGGAGGAUGGAGGCGGCAGAGAGGAUGAAGAGCCUCAGUAUGUCCAGCGUGGACGGGGACGAGGUCUUCAGUCCCAGAAGUCCCACUCACAAGAUCUCAGAGAGAACUGAGUCGCUGAACCGCUCGCUGAAGAAAAGUAACAGCUUUAAGAAGACGCAGACUCUCGUCCUGCUGCCAAAGAUCGACGACAAGCUAGAGCAGUACGCACACGCUGUGGAGAACUCCCAUGAGGUCCGGGCAGUGAAGGCAUCACUGGCCAACCUGCCCAGCUCACCUGAGGUCGUCACCUCCAAGAAAAACCUGUUCGAGGCCGGUGAAGCCUGGAGCCAGAGUCCCACCAAGGGAGCCACCUGCAAGGACGCUGAGGGGCUGAAGGUGGGCGUGGCCAACCGGAUCACUCAGUGGGUGAAGGGUCCGUCUGACGGCAGCAGACAGUCGGCCUGCAGACCGACAGAUGUGAGGCCCGGAGAUGUGAUGCAGAAAAAGAACAUGUGGGAGGUUAUCGGAGACUCGACAGGAGGGCCGGGCCAAAGAGACAAGAGCUCAGCAGCUGGUAAAAAGUACAAGUUUGUGGUCACUGGUCACGGAAAAUAUGAGAAGAUCCCCACGGACGGAGAGUCUGAUUUAUAUCAUGACUACUGAGGAGGCGUCGUCUCUUCAGCUCUGUCAGUAGCAGCAAGACUCAAUAUUUCAUUUAUAUCCAAUAAAUCACUUUCUCUGACUCAGUUGGACGACUACAAACCAACAGCUCAAGUGCAAAAGAUUUGAUCGCCAAAUGUCGAUAAUGUUGUUAAAUUUCCUCUUGUAUUUUCUGACAUUCAGUUUUUAUUAUGAUGUAUAUAUCUGACUCUGUAUUCUUCUCUACAGUGUUUAGCUGAACCUUAAUAUCCGGUUGAUCCUUGUAUGAUGGUGUGUAGGGAAACCUAAAAGUCUUUUGAAUAGAAAAAGUUUACAUUUUCCAGUCAUGUAAUUGAUGGAUCACAAUUUUUUAUAUAUUCUGUUCUGCACUUAAACUUUUGGCUUAAGAACAAUCUGAAUGGUUGAUUUUGGGAACUUUGUCCAAACCUGUUACAGCAGAGUUCAUACUGAUGAUAAUUAUAACACUGAAAGUAUGAAAACUGAGAUUUUAAUGUCUUGGCUCACUUGUUGCAGCCCAAACAUAGACAUUGAUUUGGUAUCUGUUACAUUUCAGCAUUUAUUACCUGAUCUAUACAAUCAAACUAUUGCUUUGUCUCUGUACUACUGCAGACGUUUCUCACGUUUAAUAUCCAUGUACUGAGAUUUCUAUUUGUUUGUUUUUAAUCCUUUUUCUUAAAUAAA